CCUUUGCCAAGUUAACCUUCUGCUUGAUCUAAGUUAAUUUAUUGAUUGACGUUGAAAUAAUUUCGAAAUGAAUAUUCCUAAAGAUUACGAAGAAAAAGAUGUGGAGGAGAAACUACUGCAGCCAUAUUACCAUAUAAUCCAAGUGAAAGGAAAACUCAACAAGAAGAGGAUACCCCUCGCUUUCAACUACUGGUUCAAACUUCCAGAGCAAAAAGUGAAUGAAAUCGUAGAUUUAGUGAAUAUGCUAAACAAUGGAACUUUAAUCCUCGACGACAUCCAAGACUUCACCAAGCUUCGUCGCACCAUACCAGCUGCUCACCUCAUAUAUGGAAUACCUCUUUGUACCAACACUUCUGUACAUGUCUUGUUUCUAGCUGUAAAGAAGCUUCUAGAUAUGAAGGACCAUAGGGUCUAUGAGAUAUGUUUGGAAGAGAUGCUGGAUUUGAUUCGAGGACAGGGCAUCGACAUCUACUGGCGAGACACUCACACCUGUCCAUCGGUAGAAGAUUACAAGCUGGCAUGUAUACAAAAAACUUGUAGUAUGUUUAGCUUGCCCGUGAGACUGCUGCAACAUUUCAGCGAAGACAAGAGGGACUACAAAAGGCUUAUUCAGCUCAUUUCACUCUACUUCCAAAUAAGAGACGACUAUUGUAAUCUCAAUAAACCAGAGGCGCUGGAAGACUGGCCUAGACAAAAUGAAAACGUUCCGAGUAGUAAAGAAGAACUAUUUUGCGAAGACAUAACAGAAGGAAAGUUCAGCUUACCUGUUAUUCAUGCAAUGCAAUUUCUUGAGGGUGUUGGUGUAUUGAACAUUUUAAAACUACGCACCGAAGAUAGAGCCAUGAAAAAAUACUGUGUAUCGCUACUGCACAAGCUUGGCAGCAUGGAGUACACUAGGAAGGUGCUAGAGGAAAUGCAUAGAGAAGUUGAAAAUGAGAUCGCACGGUUGGGAGGCAACCCCCUCUUGGAUGAGAUUCUAAAAGAACUGCUGACAUGGAAGUGACCGAAUCCAUAUUUUGCCUUAUGGUGCUGGUGAAUAGAAGCGAGCUUAAUAAAGUUUUAUAUUAAUUGGU